UACUGCCCUCCUACAGCUGCCACCUUUGAGACGCAGCAGAAGAUUUUCGCCGAGUUUGUUGGAAUCAUGUUCACAGAACGCAACAUCACGAAAGCAUACGAUAUUCAUCUACUUGCUGAUCCUAACUAUGUGGACCACGAUGCAUUUCACGGGCCCAGCAAAGCCGACGGCCUUGCUCUUGUUGUUCCUUGGUUUCAUGAUACUUCUUUCAGCGUGUGGAACACGUUUGUGCAAAAUGACAUUGGCAUCAGUGUUGAGAUGGGUGUUAUGGAAAACGGCACUACCGCAGCAUUUGUCGACUUUUGGAGAUUUCAAGGCACUUGCAUUGUGGAACACUGGGAUGUGAUUGAAUUCGUGACUGGAGAUUCACCAAAUCCCAGCCCGCUC